AUAGUGUACAAAAUCUAAACAAAAUACUUACUACAUAAAGAACAUUGUUCAAAAACUUGUUUUAAAAUUAAAGAAAUAUUUUAAGAAACUAAAACCACAAUUUCAAUACGACUUUAAGAAACAUAUGAAAACUUGAAAACUCCAGUUAGUGUUUCAGAUACUAAAAAACAAAGAAAUAUAACAAUAAUUACAAUUAUUAUACUGUGAAAAUUGGAGUGUUGAAAUUUACCAAACCAGACAAUAAAGAUAAAUCAAAUUGAACAUAACGGUAAUAACAAUAGUGUCGUCGGUUACCCUAAACUUGAAAAUACAAAAAAUUGUUUUACACUGUGCAACAAAGUUUCUUGUUCAAUCAUAUUUUUACAACUUGAGAAAAACGAAGAAAUCGGGCUCGUCAUAAAAGCGGAAACUUCAUUUAUUUCCAUUGACAAAUAUUAAAUCAAAAAUAUUCGGAUAAAUUUAAAAACACUGUGAGUUAAAUCAUAAAAAAAAUGGCGAUUAAUUAGAAGGUGGAUCCAAGAGAUAGAAUCGAACUCGAGACGGGACUUGGAAUAUCUAAAUUAGCUCCAAAAGCUGUUAAAUCAAAAAUCCCUCUUAAGGAGAGUACUUCUCUCAAUAUCAAAACUCGAAGAGCUCUCUCGCUUGUUAUCCAGCAAGCUCUACUCAACAACAGUUUAAGAGCACUACAGACUAUACAAGAUGUCACACAACGUCGCUACAAACGCAUUCCCCGAUGAACCGGAGAUCCCGACACUGGCGCUCUUCCCGCUCGAAGAGGCUAUCGAAUCGCCAUUGCUACACAAUCUCAGCAAAGCGUUGGCGGUAGGCAUACACAAUGACACCUACAAUGCAACCAUGGAAUAUUCAUACUAUGAGAAUUGUCCAACAAAUGGUGACUCUAUUGGACAUAUAGUGAAUUUCGUGCUCUAUGUGAUCGUUUGUGUUAUUGGUCUGUUCGGCAACACGCUUGUGAUCUAUGUCGUGUUGCGCUAUUCGAAAAUGCAAACCAUUACAAAUGUCUACAUACUCAAUUUGGCGGUGGCUGAUGAGUGUUUCCUAAUUGGCAUACCAUUUCUGCUGCACACCAUAGUCAGCGGUAGUUGGCAAUUCGGCAAUUUCAUGUGUAAAGCUUAUAUGGUGAGCACCUCGAUUACGCAGUUUACUUCGUCGAUCUUCUUGUUGAUCAUGUCGGCCGAUCGUUAUAUCGCCGUUUGUCAUCCGAUCUCCUCGACGCAAUACCGCACGCCACUCAUUUCGAAAUUAGUAUCCUGCUUCGCUUGGCUCACAUCGGCCGUACUGAUGUUGCCGGUCAUCAUAUUCGCCAACACUGUGGAACAGAGUGGACACAUUUCGUGUCACAUCAAGUGGCCUGAAUUGGGCCAUCAUGAGACCGGUUUCACUUUCAUAAUGUAUGUCUUUACGCUCGGUUUCGCCACACCGCUCGUUUUCAUACUUUGCUUUUAUUAUCUCGUCAUACGGAAAUUGCGCACUGUCGGUCCACAGAAUAAGUCGAAAGAGAAGAAGCGUUCUCACCGCAAGGUAACACGUUUGGUGUUGACCGUCAUCACAGUUUAUAUACUUUGCUGGCUGCCCUUCUGGAUCUCACAACUAAUACUCAUCACGACGACACCCAGUCCAUGUGCUACACGUUUUGAAAUUGCCAUCUUCCUGCUGGUCGGCUGUCUUGGUUACUCCAACUCGGCGAUGAAUCCCUUCCUCUACGCUUUCCUAAGUGAAAACUUUAAAAAGAGCUUCCGCAAAGCAUUCGCCGCCAUAACCGCUAUAAAUACCAAGGACACCACGUUCACGGCCAGCGGCACCGGCACUUUGCAGACAGCUGAGUUGCAUAGCAAGGAUAUUAGUAUGUUCAGUAAGUUGGGUAAGAAGGGGCGCAAAUUAGCGGCUAUACGUCAACAACGGCAAAAGCAAAAGGAGGCGCUACUAGGUGCGGACAGUAAUACAACAACUAUGGUUACAAAUACCACUUACGGCACGGCAACGACCGCGACAACAAUGACCGUGGCCGAGACAUCGGAGGCAUUGCCAACGGAAAUUACAAAUGCCAAUCCCACGCUCACUGCGUGCUGUCACAAUGGUCAGCUGAUUAGAGGCGACAAUACAACAGCUGAUUCUACAGAGCUGAGCACUGUCAGUGUGGUGAAUGCGGCCGCGGCAGCGCAAGCCAAUGGCAUUGUGGCACAUGAUGCAAAUGCGGUGGCGGAGCGACCGCCGGUGUUGCGCACAGAUUUAUAAGCGAAUUAAAAGCAAAAGAAAAAGAGAAAUGCGUGUCUGCGAAAGUUUGGAAAACUUGGAAUAAAAAUGCAAAAGCGACGCUCAUAAAAAUAUAUGCUACAUGGCGCGCUGCUACAGAGUGCUUAGCGCUUAAGUCUAUGUUUAAGUUUAAGUAAUUAAUCUGCGGCUGUUAGAACUGUUUAAGAUGAAAAAGUACUUACAUAAAUAUAAACAAGUUGUUGCUACUAUUAUUUAUCAUGCAAAUACAGAAUAUUACACAUCUAAAAUUAUAAUAAUGUGAAACUGUUGCAAAAACCGUAUUAUUUACUGAUAAAUAUGUAUAUAAUUGCUCAGCAAAUUAAGCUUAUAAUUUAAUAAUAGCAACUAUUGAACAAAUUAUUAAUAAUUCCUAUGCUGAAAUGCAAAAAAAUAUAAAUAUUUUCUACCAUAGUAUUCAAUGUCUUCUGUGUAGUAUAUAUGUGUUAAGCUCUUUACAUAAAUGUAUAAGGUAUUAAAUAGUCGAUUAAGUAUUUGUGUACCUGUACAUAUCAGUGAUUGUAUGUAAAUUAAUGUUCAAAUGUAAUUCAAUGGCAAACACAUACACUAAACAUAUAUA